AUGUCUCCCCACCGAACUCCCUCACCAGGACAGCCGCUCCAUGGCUACGAAUUGAACGACGGUCCAUAUCGACCGCAGCCAAGUCAGCUACAGAUACCAGCCGGGCACGUUGACAGGCUUGCGCCACAGCCGACCUAUUCCGUUGAAAAUGUAAAUAGCUCCUUCCAUCACAAUGAGGCUUAUGAGGCCCAAUACCCACCAACUGGCCAAUAUCAAGGACAUGCGAGUGGCGACUACAUUGUAUCUCCAGAGUCACAUCAUGAUCAGUACUAUACCCAGCCAUACUCUCCGCAUCCAUAUGACGACGACCUGUCACAUUACCCUACAAACGAGACCCACCAGCAGUACCACGAUGAGAAUGAUCAAAGGCCAAUACUCCAAACAAGCACUUCAUAUGGGCCUGAUCCACAUACUUUAGAGCCAGAGUAUGGAGGCCCACCACCUGCCCACUCUCCCAGUCCGGGUCCGGCACCCAUUCGUAGGUGGAAGACUGUAAAAGAAGUACAGCUUUUCAAUGGCAACUUGGUGCUUGAUUGCCCGAUACCCCCAAAGCUGUUGAAUCAAGUGCCUCACGCAGAGCCGCCAGAAAGAGAUGAGUUCACACACAUGAGGUACUCUGCAGCUACCUGUGACCCCUCCGAAUUCUAUGAUGCACGGUUCACCUUGCGGCAACGCUUGUUUGCGAAGCCUCGACAUACAGAGCUCUUCAUCGUUGUGACCAUGUACAAUGAAGACGAUUUCUUAUUUGCAAGAACCAUGAUCGGUGUAUUUAAGAAUAUAGAGCAUAUGUGCUCAAGGACAAACAGCAAGACUUGGGGCAGGGAGGCUUGGAAGAAGAUUGUCGUAUGCGUUGUCAGCGAUGGGCGAGCCAAGAUAAAUCCAAGGACGAAAGCUGUCUUGGCUGGGUUGGGUGUCUACCAAGAUGGAAUCGCGAAGCAACAAGUCAAUGGCAAGGAUGUCACCGCACAUGUUUAUGAAUAUACUACUCAGGUCGGCAUGGAGUUGAAGGGAAAGACGGUGCAGCUUAAGCCCCGAGGAGCAACGCCUGUGCAGCUGGUAUUUUGUCUGAAGGAGAAGAAUCAGAAGAAGAUCAACUCUCAUCGUUGGUUCUUUCAGGCUUUUGGUCGUGUUCUGGAUCCCCACAUCUGUGUUCUACUUGAUGCUGGCACCAAGCCUGGAAAGGAUUCAAUUUACAACCUGUGGAAAGCAUUUGAUCUAGAGCCGAUGUGCGGAGGCGCUUGCGGAGAGAUCAAAGUCAUGUUGAGCUCGGGCAAAAAGCUCAUCAAUCCUCUCGUUGCUACGCAGAAUUUUGAGUACAAGAUGAGCAAUAUUCUUGACAAGCCACUUGAAUCAGCAUUUGGCUUCAUCUCUGUGCUGCCUGGUGCCUUUUCAGCCUAUCGGUUCAUUGCACUUCAGAACGACAAAACUGGCCAAGGUCCGCUGGAGAAAUACUUCGCUGGCGAGAAGAUGCAUGGAGCUAACGCUGGUAUAUUCACUGCCAAUAUGUACCUUGCUGAGGAUCGUAUCCUCUGCUUUGAACUGGUCACCAAACGAAACUGUCGAUGGAUCCUCCAGUACGUCAAGUCUGCGACAGGUGAAACUGAUGUUCCUGACCAAAUGGCCGAGUUCAUCCUCCAGAGGCGGCGAUGGCUCAACGGCAGUUUCUUCGCAGCUGUUUAUGCCAUCACGCAUUUCUACCAAAUGAGGCGGAGCGACCACAGCUUCCUGCGAAAAUUCAUGAUCUUCAUCGAAUUCAUCUAUCAAACCUUCAACAUGAUAUUUGCCUGGUUCGCUAUCGGCAACUUCUUCCUCGUAUUCCACAUCUUGACUAAUUCCCUCGGUGACAAAGCACUGCUAGGUACAGCGGGCAACAUCCUCGGUAUUGUCUUUGAGUGGCUCUAUCUCGCAACACUGCUCACCUGCUUCGUCCUUGCCCUUGGAAAUCGGCCUCAAGGCUCCAAUAAGUUCUAUAUGACAAUGGUCUACUUUUGGGUCGGCAUCAUGAUAUACCUUAUCUUCGCCUCGAUCUUUAUCACCGUGAAAUCCAUUCAAGCUGAAACCCGCGACAAGGACGGCUUCCAAUUCAGCGAUGUUUUCAAAAACAAAAUCUUCUUCACACUGAUCGUCUCACUUCUGUCUACCUACCUCUUAUGGGUCAUUGUCUCUAUCCUGUUCCUUGAUCCAUGGCACCUCCUCACCUCGUUUAUCCAAUACCUCCUCCUCACCCCAACCUACAUUAACAUCCUCAACGUCUACGCCUUCUGCAACACGCACGACAUAACCUGGGGCACCAAAGGCGACGACAAAGCCGCAAAGCUUGAAUCCGUCAACCUCAAGCCUGGCGGCAAAGUCGAUGUCAACAUCCCGCAAGACGACACCGACCUGAACGCCCAGUACGACGCCGAGUGCAAGAUCUUCGCUACCAAGCCCGAAAAGGAAGUCAAGGUAGUGUCCGAGAGUGAGAAGCAGGAGGAUUACUACAAGGGUUUUCGAAGCGCUGUUGUCAUUUUCUGGCUGUUUUGCAAUUUCACGUUGGGUGCCGUCGUGCUUGCUGCCGGCGGGCUGGAGAGGGUUAGUGUAGCGAAGACUACCACCAACACGGCGGAUAAUAAGAAUGCCGAUGGAGGAAAGGCGGCGGGGAGGCUGUUCAGGAGAGAUGAUGCUGGUGUGAAGCAGGAGCGCGCCACGAUUUACAUGGGCGUGGUACUCUGGAGUGUGGCGGCGCUGAGUCUUUUUAGGUUUAUUGGAGCUGUGUGGUUCUUGGUUGUGAGGAUGUUUAGAGGAGUGUGA